AUGCUCAACUCAAAAUACGCAUCAAAGAGCGAUAAGAGUCGUGGAGUAGUUAAAACUCAUAAAUAUGAUUUAGAUGAACUACACAAAGAAUUAGGUAUAGAGAGUGAAACUCCCGAGGAGGAUCCCACCAAAAAAGAUACAGUAGUGGGACAUCUUGAGCAAAAUGUUCAUGAUAACAACGACAACGGAAAUUUUGACGAAGAUAUGAUGGAUUUGGAUGAUGAAAACGAAGUAUCAUUCGUUUCCGAUUUGAUCCAACAUCACAGAGAUGGCCAGCACUAUAACGAAUCUGAUUCUAUGGAUCUAAGUCUAGAUCUGGCUACGGGAAUUGAUCAACAAAACGAUUCACCAACUAUUGCUGCGAGAACUGUUCUAGUUGUAGAUACAAACUUUAUUGUGUCUCAUUUAAACACCUUAGAACAACUCAGAUUGUUAAGUGCACAAUAUCAUCAUCGCAUACUGAUACCGACAACUGUGGUGCAGGAACUAGAUGGGUUGAAGAACUCAGAUAAAGUUACUAGUUCGGAUUAUAAUUCAAGACAUCAAAGUCUUGGGAAAUUGGCUAGGGCAGCUAAUGAUUGGAUUUAUAAACAAUUAGCUAACCUAGAGUCGUCUGUCAUCGUACAAAAGAUGAACCAACGAUACAAUUACAGUUUGACAAAAGAUGAUGCAAUAUUAGACUGCUGUCUAUACUUUGCACAAGCAUUGCAAGAUUUUGUCGUGUUAUUAUCGAACGAUAAGAAUCUAUGUCUUCGCGCAUUAUCAGAACACUUAUUGACAGUAUCUUACAGAAAGGGCAUGACUGCGGAACUCAUCGCAAGUAUGGUUUAUAAAGAAAAUCUGGCAACAAGGCAAAAUAUCCAGGUCCCUAAACCAAUUGAACGCGAGCCUACAUACAAUGGCGUAUCCAGUUCGGAUUUCCACGCCCUUGCCGUUAGCGCCUACGACGAAUUUUUCAACGUCAUUGUGGAGGCCAUUGAUCGUACUAUGAUACGCAUAUACGGUGACGAGUUAAUGUUCACUUCGUACAGCCGUAAAGAAAUGACAGACUUCAAAGCAGUCGCAAGGGUAAUUUACAAGCAUUAUAUUGCGGUGUUCUCUGAUUUCUUCAGAAAUUCUGGUAUUAGCCACAAUGAUUGGAAACAACUGCCUAAUGAAUUGGUGGAAGUACCGGUUAGUGUACACCAAUUGAAGGCAUUUGUAACCUUCUGGUCGAAGAUUGUGCAAGCGCUUUGUAAGGAAGAUGCAGAUGUGGAUUCUGAGGCUUCUUCGAAGUUCUUUCACACUUGGCUACAAAGGUGCUCUGAAUUAGGUCCAGCUUGA